CCCUUGGCACUCUGGAGUCCUCACACUGCGACUCCUCAACGGCUUCAUACCCACCUCCUCUCGCCUGAAUCUAACCACCCUUAUAAAAUAUUGACAAUCAAAUAUAUCGCUCGCAUUUUAUUUCUUUCCUCUUUCUCCCGCUCAAGCCCUAAUCGCCAUGGGAGAAUCCGAAUCUUCUCGUCGGAUAUCCGUUCAUCAGGCUCUCGGCGGUGGCCUAGUUGCGGACGUGUUGCUUUGGAAGAAUUGGUGCGGAGGGCUUACGGUUCUGCUUUCGUCUACGGUAAUGUGGUACCUAUUCGAGCGCGCCGGAUAUAAUCUCUUGUCUUUUGUGUCCAAUGUUCUAUUGCUGCUGGUCGUGAUUCUCUUUUUCUGGGCCAAAGCUGCUUCCCUCCUCAAUAGACCUCUCCCUCCUCUCCCUGAUAUGGAAAUAUCCGAGGAGUCUGUUGCUAAGGCUGCCGAUGAACUGCAAAUUUGGAUCAAUCGAGCUUUGUCAGUUGCGCAUGAAAUAGCAAUUGAGAGAAAUUUGAUACUUUGCCUUCAGAUUACAGCCGCAUUGUUGCUUAUCUCCUUUGUUGGUAGUCUGUUGAACUUUCUGACCCUGGUCUAUAUUUGCGUUCUUCUUGGCUUGUCAGUUCCUCUGUUGUAUGACAAGUACCAGGACCAUAUUGACGACAAGUUGUAUAUGGUGCAUGGGAAAAUUCAGGCACGGUGUGAAAAGUUAGACAGUAAAUUUCUAAGGAAGAUUCUUAUACCUUCAAACAAAGUAAAGAAGAUGGAUUAGAAUGCAAGUGGAUCCCUCAGUCUAGCUAGGGGGUGUAGAAAUGGAUUCUUGAGAUAUGAAUUACGAAGUACUAAGAUUGUGCUUUAGCUGGGAUGUUGCUGUUUACAUUCAAGAUUAGAUGGUGUGUUAGUUCUUCAGAAGCAGGAGUUGACUAGUAGCUUCAUAAUAGGUGACGAUUCUUCUGACUUUUUGUGUUUCCCCGGAGAGAUCCUUUUCUAUGAAUUUUGACAACGGGCUUCUUGGUUCUUACCCAUGUUAUGCCUUCCUCUGGAUUGAGAGAGAGAGUGGGGGAAAUCUUUAGAACUGUAACAUGCAUGGUUUUGGCUUGAAUAUGUGAUAUAUUCUGACUUUUAUUUCAGUUCUUUAUAUAAUUGAUCAUGUAAAAGUUUGUUGAGAAUUUCAUGAAUUUUAAGAAAAACUUGCCUUCGCUAUUAUUUUUCAUA